UAGAUAACUUUUGGUUCUGUUUUUGUUCCUCAGCCAUCGGAAAAAAAAUCCGGCGUUAUUUUCCCCACUUGCGACAUGGUGGAGGAAAGCACGAAAGCCAGUCGAGCACUGCUACUGGACAUAUUUGCAUUGAAUUGUGGCGGCCUUUUGCCCUGUGAGAAAUGUGCGAAUAGUUCCACGUGAAAAAGCGCGCCUAGUGCACACCGCGUGUUUGCUGCAAUUUACGCAGAUUGACCCUAAUUUCCACGAGAAGUUACGACUUUCUUCUCUCCUUCGCGCUCUGUGAGAGCACAUAUAGCAUCUAUUAUGUAAAUUUGUGACCAUAUAGUUUUGAAAGUUAAACAUUUCACGAUGAAAGCCACAAAAGUUGGCAAAUUCCGCACAAUUCUGCCGCAGAUCCUCGCAUGUGUGGCAAAAAAUCUCAUCCUCAUGGACAUCGGGAUGUCCAUAGUGUUCCCAUCGAUUGUUAUCCCGAUCCUCCAGGGAACUGAUCCUGAACGUCGAGAGCGUGAUGGGCUCACAUUCACCGACGUUCAGGCAUCCUGGUUUGGGAGUUUGGCCUUUAUCUUCCAACCAAUUGGAUGCAUCCUAUCUGGAUGGAUAACUGAACGGGUGGGCAGGAAGAGAGCCAUGAUUUUUGUGAAUUUUCCCCACAUUAUUGCCUGGCUGUUGCUUCAUUUUGCCACCUCUGUGGAGGAAAUGUAUGCUGCUGCCAUUAUUCUCGGUUUGGGAGUUGGUUUCAUGGAGACACCAGUUAUUAGUUAUAUCGGGGAGAUAUGCCAACCAUCCAUUAGGGGAAUAUUAACCGCAACAACAGGAGUUGCAGCCACUUUAGGCUACUCCAUCGUCUACCUUCUAGGCUCCGUGACGAACUGGCGCAAUGCAGCUCUUGUAUGCUUUGCCACCCCUAUUCUCACCAUCCUGGCAAUACUUUUCCUCCCAGACUCACCAAUAUGGCUCAUAUCGCGUCAACGGGAAGAGGAGGCUCUUCGAUCUCUCCAGUGGCUCCGUGGUUGGGUUCCACGGCAGAAUGUCCAGGAGGAGUUUCAGCAGUUACGGAAGUUUCAUUCAACGAAGAAAGAUGAAAAGCAGGAAUAUCGUCUUUUCAAAAAAUCCACCCUAAAGCCAUUUUUCAUCGUUACAAUGUUCUUUGUUUUUACGCAAAUGAGUGGCUUAGCUGGGAUGCGUCCAUAUCUCGUGCAAAUCUUCCACACGUACCAAGUUCCUGUUGAUCCUAACUGGGCUACAGUAAUUGUGGGACUUUUGAAGCUAUCGGGGAAUAUUUGCUGUAUGAUCUCAAUUAGAUUUCUUGGCAAGAGGCGAAUAAUUCUCAUUUCGACGGCAGGAGUGGCCAUUUCGUGUCUCUCCAUUGGCUUCUAUGCUUUCCUGAAUCUUCCCCAUGGGAUUAGUUCAUUUGAUCAAAAUUCCCGGGUAGAGAAUCCACAAGGAAUCUACCCUUUGAUUGGGUUUUUCAUCCUCUCCUUCCUCACAAGCUUUGGGAUUGCUCCACUGCCGUGGGUUCUUCUGAGUGAAAUCCUCCCCUUUCGCUCUCGGGGGCUAACAAGUGGCCUUUCAGCUGCCAUCAACUACAUCCUGGUCUUUGUUGCUGCCAAGACCUACCUCAAUCUCGAGAGAGGACUCUCCUUGCAUGGAGUUAUCUGGCUGUAUGCUUCAGUGGGUGCUAUUGCCUUCAUUUUUCACUUCUUUCUCAUGCCUGAGACUGAAGAUCGCUCUCUCGAGGAGAUUGAGCAGCAUUUCACCACGCAGAAAAUUACAAAUAUUCACAUUCAAAAGAUCACAAAGUAUUCCACCUGCACACAGAAAGACGAAUCCCUUCCACUCGCUUAAACGAGAUGAAUGAAGUACCUUGGAGAUCUGGGCAAUGUGCUCAUCAAUCCGUGGCCCACGUCGACUACGUAAACUAUGUAAAUAUUUAAUGUUGAAUAUUUAACUCUUCAAUUUGUAAAUAAAAGAAAAUUAUUUCAUAA